CAUAUAUGGAAACACAUUUCAGCGAGCGAGGUGGACCUGGUGAUAAACGGCUUUGAAUUUUCUCGGUUCGCUUUUUCAGUCACUCACGUCUAAACGAAAAUAAGCUAGCAGGAGAAGUUUGACUAGCGGUCGUUUUGAGUCUUGCAGACGAACGCAGCACAGCAAGCAACAAUAUUACACAGAGCCGAGCCGAGCCGAGCCGAGCGGACACGGGUUUGUCUGGCAGCAUGUGAAAGUCUCGCCGGGGAAAUUUUGGCGACGAAAUAUAUAGUAUAUUUAUUGGUAAUAACCAAUACAAAACGUCCUUUUCAUCUCCGCAUCACGAAGCCAGCCAAACAAAAAAAAAGAGUUUUGUUUUGCGUGACAACUUCUGUGUUUUGCAAACAUGUAAAUGUUGCAUUUUCAGUUUCGAGUGAAACUGUGGGAAGUUGAAACCUGUACAGACUCGCUCACAGUUGUGACAUGGUAACUGUUGAAAAAGAAAAGUCGGUUUGCACUGACAACAUCCAGAAAGACGAACGCAAAAGCAGAAAGGAUUUGUUUAAAUUAAUUCAAAGAUUGCAUCAAUCGGUGGACUUUGGAAACGUCGGAGGUUUGUCAUCCCACAAGACUGCACUGAACAAACGUGGAGAUUUUGUGACACAUAUUUCUUCAUUCAGUUUGUUGUGACGUUAAAUUCAAAAGAAAACUGAACUGUGCCGGGCAAGUCUUGAAUUUUCUUCUGUUUUGAGAUUAUGGUUUUGUUUCUUGUCAAUAAGUGUGCAAGAAAACCUUAGAGAUCGCUCUCUAUUUAUGAUGUGAAACUGGUGGGCUUUUAUAUAUUUAUUUAAUUUUGGCAAGAAGAACGGAAUAACUUUUUUAAAAUACUUUGUUUCUCUUGAAAAAAAACCACUUAUUUAUUUUUUAAAAAUGGGUUCACUGAGGGCCCUUCAAGAAUGGUGUCGCAUCCAAUGUGAAAACUACCCCGAUGUGGAGAUUAAAAACAUGACCUCCUCGUUUCGGGACGGGAUGGCCUUCUGCGCGAUCAUUCACAAGCACAGACCCGACUUGAUAGACUUCGAUUCCCUUUCUAAAGACAAUGUAUAUGAAAACAACAGACUGGCAUUUGAGGUGGCGGAGUCGGAGCUCGGAAUCCCAGCUCUGCUGGACCCCGAUGACAUGGUUGCCAUGAAGGUGCCUGACCGUCUGAGCAUCAUAACCUACGUCUCUCAAUACUACAACUGCUUCAGCAGCAAGGGGCAGGCGUCGGCUCCCCCCUCUAUGAAGAGGCCGAGUGGUAUGGCCCACAGCGAGCCUGCAGUGAAGAAGCCAGUGACAGCGGUGGAGAGAGUGGUUGAGCCCAAGAGCUCCCCUGUCCCAGGCGGUGUCCCGCCCCAUCGAGGGACUCUGAGCAGCACCUGCACCGCCUGCCAGAAACACGUCCAUUUGGUGCAGAGAUACCUGGCCGAGGGGAAGCUGUACCACCGCAACUGUUUCAGGUGUAAGGAAUGCUCCAGCACUCUCUUACCAGGCUCAUACAGAGCCGGCUCUGAAUCGGGCUCCUUUGUCUGCACGCAUCACUACGGGAAUCCCUUAGCCAAUCAGAACGGCCGGCCAGACCUCAGCCAGCUGGGGGGAGGAGCCACUGCUGUGACCCCGCUCUCUGGGAGGGACCCGGCUCAAGCGUUCUCUGUGCGGAGGCUUUCUGAGCGCUUCUCCGGAGCACGAGGGACCUACACUCCCCACGCACUGAAACAGGAGGAGAGCAGAGCGCCGGCACAGGAAGACACAAGCGUGCCGGAACAGGGACGGGAAAGUGUGCCGGUAGGUGGAGACGCAGCCGUAUCGGGACAGGACGUGAAAAGUGAGCCACAACAGGAAGACAAAAGUGUGUCGGGAAUGGAAAUCGAGAAUGCGUCCGGACAGGAAGACGAGAGUGUGGCGGAACAGGAAGAGAGAACUGAGCCGCCACAGGAAAACCAAACUGGACCGGAACAGGAAGUCACGACUGUUACAAAAGAGGAACACAAAACUGGACCGGAACAGGAAGUCACGACUGUUACAAAAGAGACACACAAAACUGGACCGGAACAGGAAGUCACGACUGUUACAAAAGAGACACACAAAACUGUGCCACGACAGGAAAUGGUUGAACCUCAACAGGAAGUGCCUUCCGUCCCGCCCAACCCCUUCGACGACAGUGAUGAGGAGGAGGAGCCCAGAGCGGGAGUGUCCAACGGGGUCCCUCACUCCAGCCAAUCGGGGUCUGGGGGCGGGUCUACUAGCAGGCCUGUCCCCACCCCUCGCAGGAUUCCAGAACCCGACACCCCCUCCCCGGGGCCACGCCCAGUCCCAAAACCGAGGGGACUGACGGCACAGGAAGUGACAUCGAGAGAGAUGAACGGUGACCCAGUACAGUCCAGUAGAACCAGUCUCAGACCCAGCGACCGAUCCCAGUCCCCAGCUAGGAAAGUCCCGCCCUGGAUGGCUCUGGUCCAAUCAGAACCCAGAAAGAAGCCGGCGCCUCCCCCUCCCCCUGGCACAGCCACGCCCCCUCGCUCGUUUUCUAAGCCCGCCCUCAAGGGUGAGGUAUCAGUUCCAGAAACCCCGCCCACUUCCAAGAACCCCUUCGAUGAUGAUGAUGAGGGGGAGGAGGUGGGGCCAGGAUGCAGCAAGACCACGCCCCCAUCGACAGGGGGAGGAGCUCUGAGGCCGGGACACCCCUGGUAUGGGAUCACCCCCGACAGCAGCCCCAAACCCAAGAAACCUCUCGCUCCCAGAGCACCUCCCGCUGCAGCUCAGACUCACUCCUCCCCCUCCUCCACCAGCCCCUCCCCAGCCGUCAGUGUGGAGAGCAUGUCCUCCGACACUUCCUCCAAGUCUCCACCAGAGGGCAGCGCCUGCCCAGAGUCUCCCGUCACCAAGAGUGUCUCCGAGCCAUCCAUCAGCAGCCCCGCCCACUCCAACGCCGCCUCAGCUAAUCAGAUGCUUCUCCCCUCCCCUCGACCCGCCCCUGCCGGCCCUCCAGCCAAUACCAGCUCGGCUCCCGCCACCCCACAGUCCAACCGCAGUGUUAGUCUGAGGAAGUCCCGCCCCCCUCCUCCCCCCAGACCACCCUCCACCUCCAGCCCCAUGGCUGUGCUGUUCCCAGUGGAGUCCAGGACCCCACCCAAGCCCCCUGCUCCUUCCACACAGACCCCCAAGCAGCUGGCUAAGAGCUCCUGUAAGGAGAACCCUUUCAACAGGAAAUCUGCCUCCCCUUCCCCAGCCCCCUCCCCACAACACAAGAGCUCCCGGGGCCCCAAACCAGCGCGACCCCCGGCCCCUGGACACGGCUUUCCACUCAUCAAGAGAAAGGUGCAGUCUGACCAGUAUAUUCCAGUUGAAGAUAUCCAGGUGGAAAUGGAGAGCAUUGAGGUGCAGCUGGAUGAAUUGGAACACCGAGGGGUUGAGAUGGAGCAGAGACUGAGACAGUGCGAGAACGAUGAUGCGGAGGAGGGCAUGCUUGUUGAUUGGUUCAAGCUGAUCCAUGAGAAGCACCUGCUGGUGAGGCGGGAGUCGGAGCUCAUGUACACGAGGAAACAGCAGAAUCUAGAGGAGAGACAAGCUGACGUGGAAUAUGAACUGAGGUGCCUGCUCAACAAACCAGAGAAAGACUGGACAGACGAUGACCGAAUGAGGGAGCAGGAGCUGAUGCAGGAGUUGACGACUAUCGUUGAGCAACGGAAUGCUAUUGUCAACUGCCUGGACGAGGACCGGCAGAGGGAAGAGGAGGAGGAUAAGAUGCUGGAAACCAUGAUCAAAAACAAAGAUUUCCACAAGGAGGGGGACAGCGAGCCCAAGAAGAAAGGCAAGUUCAAGCCCAUGAAGGUGUUCAAACUGCUGGGGAGCGGAGGCAAGGCUGAGGGGAAGAGCCGGUCUCCCAAAGACAAGGUCAAGAUCUCGCCGCCGCAGUAGAGAGAGGGAGAGGGGGUCUGAACACAUCCACAACAGGGGGGGCCCUUACUGUUUGGGGGAGGCCCCAAGUAUCAGGCUAAUGGGCUGGUUGGACACAAGGAUGGAUACCCCCAUUGCAUAGCAGUGUGAUCCAUUCCUGGUUUCUAUGAGUUUAAUAAUAAGACACACCUGGGUUUGUUACCACACUGGGGCUAAUCAAGCUGCUAGCAGUAAAACCUGGAAAGGGUGACCCUGCUGUGCAAUAGGAGUCUUAUUUCCAUCCCUAAUCUAUCUGUCUAAAUACCACAGUUAUCAGCAAUAUACUGUAGCUCUCAUCACUGUAAAAUCAGCUACAAACCUCCUUCAACCAAAGUCUAUCUACAGGGAUGGGAAUCAGACUCCCGCUGCACAGCAGUGUGAUCCAGUCCUGGUUUCACUAGGAGUUUAAUAAUAAGACACACCUGAGCUUGUUAGCUAGACACACUGGGGGCUGAUCAAGCUGAUAGCUGUAAAACCUGGAAUGGAUCACACUGCUCCCAAUAUCUGACCCCAGUAUUCAGAGUUCCCGAUAUUUAGGUGCUCUUCAAUACCGCCACCACUGAACUGUACAUGACCCUAUACUGUACCCAAUGGGAGAUAUGCAAAUUAGAAAACGAGAAUAUAUAUUUUUCUGUUACCAUGGUUAUAAUGUUGCUCCCUGUUAGAUACAGCUAAUGCAUCUCACCCACUAUUGCACUUUUCUUUCUUCACUAAUUUGCUUGACAAGAAGCACACUGUAUUGUACGGCAAUACAAACCCACAGCUGUCUUUAACUAACGUAUUCUACCACUUCAGGUACACUUUGUGUGGAAUUUCUCUGUUUCGGUCGCUUUUUAAACAGUUUAGCAAACCCUAUGGUCUCACUAGAGCUCCCAUGUGUAAUCUAAAUGCUGGUGUGACCCUCCCUGUCCUCCAUCUACACUCUGCCCCCUACUGGAUGUAAAAAGUACUGCAUGUUACAGCUACGGCCAGGAGUUUUGCAUCCCCUAGAAUUCUAGGAUUGAGGCAUCAUUUUGAAAAAAAAGAAGUCUGCCGGAAGUCAUUAUAGUAUUAUUUCAUGUUAGAUUUCGAAAUAUCACGUGUUUCCACAGUUUUUUUCUUAAGUAUAUGUAAUACAAUAUUUUAGCUUAGCAUUAUUCAGCAGGUUUCAUUCGACUUUAUGAAGUGAGAUUAGUUAAUUCUAUAGGGUGAUGCACAACUUUUGGCCACAGCUGUAGAUGUAAAUAAAGAUGGCUGCUGUACCUCUUGCACCCACUAGGGGGCAGCAUUGUGGUAAUAAUGGCUCCACAGGUGCACCUGAUGCAGAUUCUGGGAGCUCCAUUGAAACCGAAUCGGAGACAAAUCUGAGAAAAUACGUUGGUUAAGAUUACUGUGAUGUCAGACUCGUACAGAGUUUGUCUUUGGUGGUAACUCCUGUCUUUCUGAUGAAAACCACUUUUUCUUUUUUUGUUUUUUUCUUUAAAUACUGACUUUAACUGUAACCCCUGGGACAUCUGAUUCUGUGUGUAUUUUAAUGUGGUGUGUUUUUUUUUUUUUUUUUUUUGCUUAAAAAAAAGUUUUGUUAAUGUACAGAUUUUAAAUGCGUUUUGUAGAAAAUAGAGAAAUAGUUUUAUUUAUACUGUCAGUGCAAUUUAUUUUAUUUUGUAUUUAUUUUCAUUUUAAGCAGACGUUCAAAUAAUUGGCCAUAACAGAAGGUUCAAACAAGGUUAUAUUAUUAAAACAUGGGGAUCGCUUUGCCUUUAACUCCUGUAUUCUCAGACUGAUAUAAUGUGAUCAAAUAUGAAAUUCAAUGUCUCUGUCAAUAUCGUCAUUGAAGGCACUGAGAAACUUCUAGUGGAAACGUUUGCCAUUGAAUUUACACUGAGGACUCUGAGAGAGACUUCUAGUGGAAAUGUUUGCCAUUGAAUUUACACUGAAGACGCAGAGAAAGACUUCUUGUGAAAAUGUUUGCCAUUGCAUUUAUUACGUUUUUAAGAGAGAAAAUACCCCUGCAUUUAAUGUUUUCUUGCUAACCAAGUUAGAUAUCCGAUGUGCUUAAACACAUUCUCACUAAUUAAUUAACCCUUCCCUGUGCCGAGCGAUAGGUUCACAUAACAGAAGGUAGGAGCAUACACAGAGACACACAGACAGACUCAAUGCUAGACACAGAGACACACAGACAGACUCAAUGCUAGACACAGAGACACACAGACAGACUCAAUGCUAGACACAGAGACACACAGACAGACUCAAUGCUAGGGUUCUUGUAACCAGAGUAUGUUUAAAAUAUCCACAAUCUAUGCAUGAGUUAAAAAUGCCUUUUUUUUAUAAACUUUUUUUUUUUUCAUUGUUUAAUAACUGUGUUUCUUUGAAGUCGUCUUUAAGAAUUUAACUGUCAUAUCGAUUAUGUUUGAAACUGUGACGCACAAAAAAGAAAAAAAAAAUCUUCUGUAGGAACGAGUGUCAGUCUGUGUGGUCGUUGAAUGAUCUGUGUAUUUAAACAACUGAAUCAGUGGCCCUCAUAGCUGGACACCUGGCCAAAAUCAGUGUUGUGCCAGAGACAUCAUGUCCGAUUUGUCAAUGGACAUCAUGUGGAAUAACCUUAAUGUAAUUACUGCAAUCACCUCCAAUUACAAUCUCCAA